GAUAAUCUGUUGAUUAUCGGUUUGUAUAAAUUGAUCCCCAAAAUUUUCUUAGAAUUGAUUUAUUUAAUGGCUCAUAUUAUUCGCGGUGUGUUAAUAGACCUAUCAGGCACAAUAUACGUUGGCGAUAAGGCCUGCGAAGGUGCCGUUGCUGGCUUAAAGAAGCUCCGGCAAUCUGGGAUACCUUUCCGUUUUUGUACUAAUACAACUAUCCAAAGUGUGGAGAAACUAAAAAACAAAUUGAUAAAUCUAGGAUUCGAAGUCAAUAAAAAUGAGAUAUUCACAUCAGUAAUUGCAUGUCGUAAUCUAGUUUUAUCACGCGGAUUAAGACCGUUAUUGUUUCUUGAGGAUGCAGCUCUUGAGGAUUUUCAAGGAAUCCCAACUGAAGAACCAAAUAAUGCCGUGGUUAUUGGCUUGUCACCAACAAACUUUCGAUACGAGAUGUUAAACAAGGCAUUUCGAAUCCUAUUUGAUGAUAAAAAUACGCCUCUUAUUGCUAUUCAUAAAGCAAAAUACGUUGCUGAAUCAGAUGGGUUAAGUUUAGGACCUGGUCCUUUUACAGAAGCUCUAGAAUAUGCGAGUGGAGUCAAGGCCACUGUUGUUGGCAAACCGGAGAAAAGUUUUUAUGAAUUGGCGCUUGAAGAUAUGAAACUAUUGAAUGACGCAAACCAUGUUGUUAUGAUUGGAGAUGAUAUUGUAAACGAUUUAGGGAGCGGCGCUAAAGAAUUAGGCUUGAUAAGAUAUCUUGUCAAGACUGGAAAAUAUCAAAAUGGGGAUGAACUCCGUGACGGAGGCGUAGAUUGUCUCUUUGAGAAUUUUGGAAAGGGCGUUGAUGCCAUUUUAGAUCAAUUAAAAAAAUAAACAGAAUGUUAUCCUUUAUAUCUUUAUAUCAUUUAUACGUUUUAGUGUUUGUGUAAUAAAGAAAUAAGUAAAU